AUGCGUGUACGACUCGUGUUGCUCGCUUGUUGUGCUGUGCUCGGGGCGAGCACAGUCUGUAGCCCAGUGCACUCAGAGGCUGGAGGGGUAGCAGGAAACGAAUGCCUGCGCUUGAGAGGAGGGGCGGAUUCAGGGGAGAACAAAGGCCAGAACAAGAGGAGAUUGAAGCUGAGGUACUGGAGGGACGAGCUCGGGUUCCGCGUGUACACCUCCAAGAAGAUCGAUCCGAAUGGCUUCCCGACAUACCCCGCGCACCCUCCCCCGUUCCAUCCAAGUGUGAGGAUGAGGUGCAUGUUGAGAGUUGCUCUGCAAGAGAUCAGGAAAGAGAGGAUGACGCGUCUUCCUCCAGACGGCAUGGACUUCGAGGGGGACGCACUUCCCCAAGAGCUCUUCAGGUCGUACCUGUUCAGGAAGGCAAGAGGUCCCACUACGUCAGACGUUCCUCUUUACUCCAGCGAUCAUGAUGAGCUAGUGACCAUCGACGAGUUCCUCAAGUUGAAGGCGGCUGCUUGGGAAGACACGGAGGGAGGCAAGAGGGGGGAGGAGGAGGACGGAGGAGACUCGGGCACUGUCUUCGCAGACUACAGCGAGCUGAUGAAGAGAAACGUGACAGUGAUUGACGGGAACACGACGAGCUACGUUGAAUUGAGCAUGCAAGUUCUUCAUGGUGCGGAUCAAGGAGACGGCAGGGAGGGAGGAGAAAGUGAGGGAGAUGCAGAAGAAGGAAUGGUUGAGGAAGGAGACGACAGGGGAGAGAAACUUUCGGAACAUGCUGCUGACGUCGCUACCACCAACAGACUUGAGAAGAAAUCUCUUGGCAAGAAGGAGGGGAAACUAAAGGAGAAAACAUCAGUGAAAGGAGAAGGACUGUCGCUGAAAAAGAAGAACAGGAAGCAAAGAACGCCGAAGGAGAGUUGAUGAGUUGAUGGAAUGAAUUGAAAGCCCUCGUCGCAUCUGCAUCAUCUCAUUGCCCGGCAACAUCCGGUCCCUCGUGGGUGUAAUGAUCUGUUUCUAGCAUGUCACCAAGACAUGUUGAGAGUUCAAGAUCUUGUUGGUUCAUGUGUGAAGGAGCGAAGCAUGCGUAAAAAAAAAAGAUGUC